AUGGAAUCAAUGAAAGAAAAACAAAAGAUUAAUCGAACUAUUCAUAUACUUAAAAAAUGUCUUCGUGAUGCGGCAAUUCUUCUUGAUGAAUCUUGUGAACAAAUCAAUGCUUAUAAAGAACAAGUAAAAGAAUAUCUGAAUAAUAUUUAUAUUGAAUAUCUAAAUUUUUUAAUUGUUUUAAUAGAUGAAGAAAAUUAUAGUCAAAUGUUGUGUACAAAUACAACAACCAAAGACAAAUUCAUAUUCAUCGUUCAAUAUAUACAGUCUGUAUUCGAAAAAAAUGAUUUUAUUAAAUCAGAAGAUUCAACAUAUGUACCUGAUUCUAAAUCGAUCUUAAAUCAUGCAUGGAUCGGUCGAUAUCAAUAUAAUCAUAUUGAUGUUCAAAAGGAGAAAACAAGUCUGAGAAACCAAAUAACCAUUAUCAUUGAUGAACAUGUCAAAAUGGUUGAUGAAAAACUAAACUUAGAUAAACGAGAAAAAUUGGAUCAUAGUUUAAAUAUGUUAAUCAAUGGAUUCAAAAAAGACAUUAUCAAUACAAGUUCUGGUGGUAAUGGCAAUCAAUUACCAUCACUUAGUAACACUCCACCAUCUCCUGGUGAAGAUAUGCAACCAGCACAACGACAAUCAUUACCACCAAUGUAUUUUGGCGGUCCACGUGAUCCUCCACCUCCACAUAUGAUGCAUCCUGAAAGUCUUCCUCCACCACAACCAGGUCAAUUUGUUUAUGAUUUUUAUGGAGCAGAACCACCAUCUAUGAUGCAUGGUCCACCACCUCCUCAUCAUCAUCCACAUAUGGGUAAUUUACUUGGUCCAGAACCAUCACCUCAUGCACGUGGUAUGAUGUUUAUGCAUGGAUCAUCAACACAACUGAUGCCACGUACUUAUUCACCACAUACACAUCAUAUUAAUAAUCCACAAAAUCCAAAUUCAUCAUCAAUUGUUAUAUGUGGUUCAUGUCAUAAAAAAGUACAAGAUAAUGAAGAAACAGUAUUUUGUGAAUCAGGUUGUAAGUUUUUCUAUCAUCGAACAUGUGUUGGAUUAACAGAACAAGCCUUAAAAAUGCUUAAUCAAGAAAAUUAUGCCGAAUGGGUAUGCAAUAAAUGCUUUGCAGAAAAACAUGUACCACCAGUUAAAUUUAUAUCAUGA